UCGGACAUGGACGUGUUAAUCACGACUGCAUCAGGAUGGUGGUACAUUUUGAAGUCCCAAUAAUGGGCGAGUUCCCGAUGAUAGGCGCCCUAGAACAAGGAGAUUUUUUUGUGCCGGCAAAAAUCCCGAAAGAUAUGCCACCGGGGAAUGCUAACGCGAUCAAAUAUCUAUUGUCUCCGGCUGAACAGCCUACUAGUAGUGAAAAAACCGAAUAUUGCAGCAUAUGUAUGGGACUCCUCGCGUAUGGGGUUGGGGAGGAUGAGUGCGUGCGCUUGCCGCUCUGCAACCAUGGCUUCCACAAGCCCUGCAUCAAGACGUGGUUAGAAAUGGAUGGAGUAAUUGAGAUGGUCGCUGAUGCGAUAUGCUCGUGUAUUGGUAGCUGCGUGGACAUCUGCGUGAUCACAAAGCUCUCCGCCUCUCCGUAUAGUUUAGAGUACAUCAUUCAAACGUGUAAAGAUGUGUGUGUUCUUGUGCUCUCAUUGUGGAAGCUAUAUAAGACUGAUUUCAAUACUAUGGGCGGAUACCCGAGAACCACUGCUGACACUGAAGCCGUAACUGAUAUGGUCAAAGCAUUAAAGGAUGCAAAAGAUUGGCAAAAUGCCCAGCUUGCACUCCCUCCAACACCCCAGAUUGGUGUGUUGUUUCAGGUGCAUUACGAGCUGGUGUGAAGCACUUCCUGCUAAACUCAGAUUGCCUACAACUUGUUCAAGCAAUAAACUCCACAGCUUUACUCGCAGAAGUUCAUAGAGUCUUAUCUGAUGUAUUCCUUAGCAUUUUGAAUUUUUCUACCUCGUCGUUUCUUUCCCAGAUCAGCUAAUAUAGUGGCUGAUAAUCU